AUGGCCUCCGCGGCAUCAACGAAAGUCCCACCGCUACUAGAGCCUUACCUCAGACUGCCGCCAGAAGCUUCUCUCGUAGUUCUUACCAGUGUUCUAGGCGCCAGUGCAAACUGGCUAGUCCUACGGUGGGUAUACAGUUUGCUCAAGAAUGGACAGAAAGAUGGGGGGACAGAGGAUACGGCGGUGGUGCUGUGCAGCUUUUUGAGAGAUGGAGCAUUUUGGAGAGAAGGCGCCAGUAAGAUGGGACUUGAUCUAGAUGCCUUGAACAGAAGCAAGAGGUACGUCUGUGUCGACGGCCUGACGGGCUUAUACGCACCCAGCGAUGAACGCACCAGUUCAAGCAAAGACCAUGUGCUACGUGGUGGGAAGAUAGACGACGUGAAGAGGGGGGUCGACAAAGCUAUCGCGGAGGUUUCGAAAGAGAAAAAGGUUGUCCUCCUGAUGGACGGUAUGGAUGCGUGGUUGGCAAUGGGGGGCGUUGGUUCGCUUGGCGCAGUGAAUGUUUUGAAUUCAUGGAGAGAGAGGGUUCAUGCUACGAUUGCGAUUGUGGCGGCUGAUGAUGCGCUGGUGCACACGCAGCACACAACGUUGGAAAGGGAUCACGCGGCGUUUACGUUGGGUCUUGCGCAUGAGGCGAGGAUGGUUAUGGCGUUGAGGUUGUUGGAUACAGGGACGGCGAGGGAUGUGAGUGGUGUGGUGAGGGUGACAGGGGGUGGGAAGGCGGAUGGGGAGGUGGGUGAUGGGGAGUAUUUGUAUUUUGUGGGUGGUGAUGGUGCUGUGAGGGUUUUUGAGAGGGGGACGUGA